AUGGCCAAUAUCAACGGCAACAAGAGCCCCAGGCCUGAUGGGUUCAACGCGGAAUUCUUCAAGGCCAAUUGGGACAUAGUUGGUUAUGACAUUACAGAGGAGUGUGUCUCUACCUCCCGCUUUGUUGUUUGCGUUAAUGGUGUUCAUGGGGGCUACAUCGAGGGCGAAAAUCGUGUGAGGCAAGGCGAUCCUCUCUCUUCUUAUAUCUUCGUGUUGAUCAUGGAGGUCUUUGAGAGUGUCUUAACGACAUUCCGAAAGAAUCACCAUUACACCUUCCACCCUUUCUACGAGGAGGAGAAGAUCACUCAUCUUUGUUUUGUAGACGACCUGUUCAUACUUGCACAUGCCGAUGUUGAAACCAUUCAAACUAUAAAAGAUGCGCUUAACUUCUUUUUUGAUAUUACAGGUUUAUCAAUUAAUGUAGAUAAUAGUUCAACGUUCUAUGGCGGUGUUAAUGACGAGACAAAGGCAAGGAUACAAGACAUCAUGAGCAUCCCCGAGGGUUCAUUUUCGGUUCGUUACUUGGGGAUUCUGCUCACAGCAAGACAGAUUCAUGUAGUACAUUGCAGGCCACUUAUUGUGAAGGUCAAAAACGUGAUUAUGAGUUGGGCAACCAAUAAAUUAUCUUAUGCGGGAAUGAUUGAAUUAGUGGGUAGUGUGGUAAUGGGGCUAAUCGGGUAUUGGUCUCAACAAAUUGUUCUUCCUAAGAAGGUAAUGCGAGAGCUUGAUACAUUAUUACGUGACUUCAUUUGGGGUAGCCAUGGCCGUGGAGGGAAAAAAGUCGGGUGGACCGACGUUUGUAAGCCUAAGGAUGAAGGUGGUGUGGGUUUGAAGAAUUGUGUCGAAUGGAAUCGUGCCAUCACUUAUAAGCAUUUAUGGUCCUUACAAUCUAAGUAG